GGAGAGAAGAGGGAUCAUCUCUCAUUUCUUUUUUUUUUUUUUUUUUUGUUGCGUUUGAGUUUCGUUUCACCUCAUCGUCUACAUCGCCCCACCCCGUUAAUCACAUACCCCCCCCCCUCCCCCCCCCCCCAAAAAAAAAGCCCCAGGAAGGACUCAACGAUGCCGUCCAACACCGUCACCAACACCAACAACAACACCAACAACAACAUCCCGGCAUUCAAAGGAUCCGACUAUGCCGAUUCACCUGGAAACAGAGUGGCCGAGAGCUGUGGCUCUCUCAAAGGCGUCGCCGUGGGCAACAGCCACGCCGGAGCGGGGAGGCCGACCGCGGCGCAGGUCCACAACGGAGACGCCGGCGCUCACAGAGGCAGGACGUCCGACGCCCGCUUCCCCAAACAGGAGGAGAAGAGGGACGCGGAGAACGGGAUCCCCGGGGACCCGCCCCCCCGCCGGGUGGAGGACGGCUCCCGGGGUCGGAGCCCGAGUCCGUCCCCGGAGGAGAACGGGUUCCAGCUCGGCCGGGAAGACCAGCAGGACUCGGAGAGGGACAAGGACGACGGCUCGGCGACGCCGUGCAAGAAGCGGGGGAGGCGGAAACUGGAGCGCCCGACGAAAUAUGUGGAGCACAAGGAGGAGGACAGGCGCGAUGCAGUCAAGACCGAGCUUAAACAGGGAGGUCGAGGCAGGAGGGGAGAUGGUUGGGAGAUCGGCCUACGUCAGAGGCCCAUGCCCAGAAUAACCUUCCAGGCUGGUGACCCUCAUUUCAUUAGCAAGAGGACCAGAGAGGAAUGGCUGGCCAAGUGGAAGAUGGAGGCAGAACAAAAGUCCAAACUGAUGUCAGCGAUGAACGCGAUAAAGGAUCCCGAGGAGAACGAAGCGGAGACUCAGGUAGAAGACGUCUCGGUAAUCAAGCACCCGUCACCUGUAAAGCAGCAGCCUCAGGUGCACACUCAGUCACAGCCUCAGUAUCAACAGCAAUCGCAGUCGUCGCUGCCACAACAACAACAACAACAACAACAACAACAUCAGCAGCAGUCGCCUCAGCAGCCGACUGACCCCGCCUCCCCCACCGUGGCCACGACCCCUGAGCCCGUCGCCAUCGGAGGUGGAGACAAGACGUCCCCCAAGCCUGCGGACACGGAGCCCGAGUACGAGGACGGUCGUGGUUUUGGCAUCGGCGAGCUGGUCUGGGGAAAGCUUCGAGGGUUCUCGUGGUGGCCGGGCCGCGUCGUGUCCUGGUGGAUGACGGGGCGGAGCAGAGCUGCCGAGGGGACCAGAUGGGUGAUGUGGUUUGGAGACGGAAAAUUCUCAGUGGUUUGCGUAGAGAAACUCAUGCCUUUAAGCUCCUUCGAUAAUGCCUUUCACCAACCGACUUACAACAAGCAGCCCAUGUACAAGAAAGCCAUCUACGAGGUGCUGCAGGCGGCCAGCAGCCGGGCAGGGAAAGCCUUCAUAUCCUGCCCCGACAGCGACGAGACAGAAAGCUCUAAAUCUGUAGAGAUGCUGAACAAGCAGAUGAUCGACUGGGCCAUGACGGGAUUUCAACCCACUGGACCGAAGGCCUUAGAGCCCCCAGAAGAGGAGCGUAACCCAUACAAAGAGGUGUACCCUGAGAUGUGGGCGGAGCCUGAAGCGGCGGCAUAUACCCCUCCUCCAGCCAAGAAGCCUCGCAAAAGCACAGCGGAGAAGCCCAAGGUCAAGGAAAUCAUCGACGAGAGGACACGAGAACGGCUCGUUCAAGAAGUGAGACAAAAGUGCCGCAGCCUAGAGGACAUCUGCAUCUCCUGCGGAAGUCUGAACGUGAGCCUGGAGCACCCGCUGUUCGCAGGAGGAAUGUGCCAGGGCUGUAAGAACUGCUUCCUCGAAUGCGGUUAUCAAUAUGACGACGACGGAUACCAGUCGUACUGCACGAUCUGCUGCGGAGGGCGAGAGGUGCUCAUGUGCGGAAACAACAACUGCUGUCGGUGUUUCUGCGUGGAGUGCGUCGACCUCCUGGUGGGUCAGGGCGCCGCCCACGCAGCCAUCAACGAGGACCCGUGGAACUGCUUCAUGUGCGGUCAGAAGGACGUGUUCGGCCUCCUGGUGCGCCGCGCCGACUGGCCCAACCGACUGCAGCACUUCUUUGCAAAUAACCAUGACCAGGAUUUUGAUGCACCAAAGCUUUACCCCCCGGUCUCGGUGGAGAAGAGGAAGGCCAUUCGUGUCCUGUCGCUAUUUGACGGCAUAGCAACCGGGCUGUUGGUGCUGAAAGAACUGGGCAUCCGAGUGGAUCGCUAUAUAGCUUCCGAAGUGUGCGAGGACUCCAUCACGGUGGGCAUCGUGCGGCAUCAGGGUCGCAUCAUGUAUGUCGGCGACGUGAGGAACGUCACGCGCAAGCACAUACAGGAGUGGGGUCCCUUUGACCUAGUUAUUGGAGGAAGCCCAUGCAAUGACCUCUCUAUAGUCAACCCCGCUAGGAAAGGUCUUUUCGAGGGCACCGGACGCCUGUUCUUUGAGUUUUACAGGCUGCUGCACGAGGCCCGGCCCAAGGAGGGGGAGAACCGGCCGUUCUUCUGGCUCUUUGAAAACGUGGUCGCCAUGGGCGUCAGCGACAAGAGGGACAUAUCUCGCUUUUUAGAGUGCAACCCGGUGAUGAUCGAUGCCAAGGAGGUGUCCGCCGCCCACCGCGCCCGCUACUUCUGGGGGAACCUCCCCGGCAUGAACAGGCCUUUGAGUGCGAUGUACAAUGACAGGGUGGACCUCCAGGACUGUCUAGAACACGGCAGAACAGCGAAGUUCGGCAAGGUGAGGACCAUCACCACCAGGUCCAAUUCCAUCAAGCAGGGCAAGGACCAGCACUUCCCCGUGUACAUGAACGAGAAGGAAGACAUCCUGUGGUGCACCGAGAUGGAGAGGAUCUUCGGCUUCCCGGUCCACUACACGGACGUGUCCAACAUGAGCCGACUGGCGAGGCAGCGUCUCCUGGGCCGGUCGUGGAGCGUCCCGGUGAUCCGCCACCUGUUCGCGCCGCUCAAAGAUUACUUCGCCUGCACUUGAACAAGCGAGAGAGAGAGAGAGAAAGAGAGAGAGAGAGAGAAGAGAAGAAAACGGUCGCUCAUAAAAAAAAUAAAAAAUAAACAUUUAGGAAAACCCUGCAACUCGUACGUUGCCGACUAGAAUUAAGAGGCCUCGAUCCUUUUUCUUCUUCUCUCGAAUUAUACUCCCGUGUGAUUCGCGAGCGUGGGAAAACGUCGACGUAGAUUUUCCGCAUUUAUUUCUCGCGUUUUGAAAAUGUUCAUUCUUAUUCUAUUUAAAUUUCUUUUUUGAUAUGUCAUUUUACCUUCUUUUAUUACAUUUUUUUUUUUUUUUUAGCAGUGUUAUCAAAGUGUUGUCGGUUGGGUUUCGUGCGAGCUAUACUUGACGGUGACUGAUUCCCACCUGCAGGGGGCGGCCGUGCUUCCGGUCGCUGAGCCUCACACAGGUGUGACGACGGAGGGGAGGGGGCGGGGCUAUUCUCCUCAGUGUUUAAGAAUCCAAAACACCAGAUCACAUAUACCUCUUUGUUUACAGUUUCUACACACAACUGAAGGUAAUAAAGGUACUACUGUAAUAUGGUUACAAUACCAUGGUGCUUCAAAGGGUGACGGGAAACAUCACGCGCCCGGGUGGAGACAAUACAGAGCUCCUUUGUUAAACCUGACAACAACAACAACAACAAAUAGAAGCAAUGUGGGCUUGAUUUUGAGAAAGAAAAAAACAAUUAUGUUCUGUGUUGACUGUGCGAUGCAGAAAUAGAGCGUUUGCUCUUUUUCUUUCUGCAUUGCACAGCUUUUAUUUACAUUUUUUAUUAUCCACACAGUUUGUAAUGGUGCUCGUUUUAAUCUCUCAGGCUCACUGCCGCCCCCCCCCCCCCCCCCCCCCCCCCCC